CUCAUCAUCGAUUCCAUCCGUUACGACAUCGCGCCGAGUCACGGAAUAGCCGACAGCGGGCUGCGUCGCAUUCUACACCUUGUUCAACGCGCAUCCGGUCGCACCCCGAAGGCACCCCGAUAGCGGCAUCUAUCAAGGCCCGAUUCAUAUCGGGAACGACGACCAGUGAACGCGCAACAUGUCGCAGGCUCAGGACGACCCCGCGGCCGUUCUGGAACUUUUCGUCCACGAUGUGGCGAACCUCCCAGCUGAAAUCAACCAUCUGAUGGAAGAGAUCCAGGCCAAGGACAAGAUCAUCCAAGAAUGCCGCACCACCAUCAACUCCCGCGACACCAGUCUCCAGAAAUUCAUCCGCUUAAACGGCAGCUUGACGCCCAACCCGAAAGAAGAGCAGUAUGGCAAAGCCAUAAUACAGAACCUCGACAAGUCGCAACAGCUGCAAGAUGAAAAGAUCCAACUGAGCGAGAAAGCAUGUGUUCUGCUGGACCGACAUAUCAGAAAACUGGACAUUGCCAUCCACAAGCUGCAAAGUAACGGCAUGCUCUCGAACGACCCUCCUAUCCCCUCCCUCUUCAACAACAAAGACCAAUACCGCGACCCUCCCAAGAUCUUCUUCCCCGACUCCACCGUUGAGAACUCCUCCUUCCCCUCUCCUCUCAAUGGCACCUCCGCAAACGCCAAUGUCAUAUUAGGUGCCACCCAGAAACUCAACUCCCUGGGCCGGAACGCCGCCGCACUCGCUCUGAACUCCCCGACUGCCGCGCGAAGCUCCGCCCCAGCAACACCCUCAGGAACGAUCCACUUCCAACGACAACAACGAGAAUCCUCCGCCGGCGCAGUGGAAAACAAGCGCCGGCGCCUCAACGCCUCACUCGGAACACUUCCCGCGGCCUCGUCCAACCUCCGACAAUCGUCUCUCGGCCCCGGUACACCCAAAGCCGGAACCCCCGCAUCAAGCCGAGCCGGCAGCGCAGGACCGCGGUCAACAGCCUCCACCAAGAAAGCCGUAACCAAGAAAGUGGCCCCGCACCAACAACUCAAGAAGAUCAAAGCCUCCGGACUCAACGGAAAGCACACGAAGCGAUCAUCCAGCGCAAGCGGCCGUCUCAAAGUCAGCGGGACGAAACAAUCCCCAUCCGCUGCCGGAGGCGACGAAGACGAGGACGACUCCAUGCUCAGCAGUGCCGAUAUCUCGGAUUCCGAGAACGCCGACGAGGGUAGAAGGGACGAAGACAUGGAAGACGAGGAAGAAGACGAAGGCAACGAAGAUACCAAGGUGUAUUGUACGUGUCGCAGUGUCAGCCAUGGAGAUAUGGUUGCGUGCGAUAACGACAAUUGCGAGUUUGAGUGGUUCCAUUGGAAAUGUGUGGGCUUGACGAGAGAACCUGUUGGGAAGUGGUUCUGUCCGCAGUGUUCAGCGAAAUUGCAGGCUUAGUUUGGUUCAUAUAGUUAUACCCCCCUUCCUCUUCUGUCUCUGUGUGUAUUAUUAUAAUGACUAUAUAGGAUGUUACGACGGCGUUUACCAUCCCUUUUUCAAUCAAAC